AUGCUCAUGAUGGAUCUAUCACCCGGAGGAGACUCGCUAUCUGGAGGGCAUGACUUGUUUCAGAGCUUCGCGGACCGGGACUCCCUCCCAGACGAUAUGGACUCUCCAGGCGGAGGAGGGAGCAUGCUGGACCGGAUCCUGAUGGAGUCAGUGUGCCAGCAGCAGGGCUGGGUGCGCGUGUACGAUGUGAAGGGUCCUCCCACGCAUAGGAUGUCAUGUGGACAGUCGCCCUACAACGAGACGACCACGUGGGAGAGAAAGUACUGCAUCCUGACCGAAAGCCAACUGGUGCUGCUUAACCGAGAAGAUGAGAUGUCUGGUGAAAUAACUCAGGAUCCACCUCCAGAAUCCAGCAAAAGUCGCAGCCUCCGGAGAACAGUGAGCGUCCCCUCUGAGGGCCAGUUUCCAGAAUACCCCCAAGAAGGGGCCACCAAGCUGGAGGUGCCAGCUGAGAGAUCGCCUCGGAGGAGGAGUAUCUCUGGAACCAGCACAUCUGAUAAGACCAACUCCAUGGAUCCUGCGAACACCUCUCCCUUUAAAGUCUCAGGCUUCUUUAGUAAACGGUUAAAAGGCUCAAUUAAGAGGACGAAAAGCCAAUCUAAGCUGGACCGGAACACAAGCUUUCGUCUCCCGUCCCUGCGACCCACAGAGAGUGACAGGUCACGUGGGUUACCUAAACUGAAAGAAUCUCGUUCCCACGAGUCCCUGCUCAGCCCAGGUAGCGCAGUGGAGGCUCUGGAUUUGGGGACAGAAGAGAAGAUUCUGGUUAAACCGCUUCAUAGCAGCAUACUGGGGCAGGACUUCUGUUUCGAGGUCACCUAUUCUAGCGGCAGCAAAUGUUUCAGCUGCACGUCUGCAGCUGAGAGGGAUAAGUGGAUGGAAAAUCUACGCCGAACCGUUCAACCAAACAAGGAUAAUUGUCGCCGGGCAGAAAAUGUCCUGCGAUUGUGGAUCAUCGAGGCCAAAGAUCUCGCCCCCAAAAAGAAAUAUUUCUGUGAGCUUUGCCUGGACGACACGCUUUUUGCACGCACAACAAGCAAGACAAAAGCCGAUAAUAUCUUCUGGGGAGAGCACUUUGAGUUUUAUGGCUUGCCACCUGUACACAACAUCACCGUGCACAUCUACAAGGAUGUCGACAAAAAGAAGAAAAAGGACAAGAACAAUUACGUGGGGCUAGUAAACAUCCCCAUGGCCAGCGUGACCGGGAGACAGUUUGUGGAAAAGUGGUACCCUGUUAGCACGCCCACGGUAAACAAAGGCAAGACCGCGGGGCCUUCUAUCCGUAUCAAGUCCCGAUAUCAGACUAUAACCAUUCUGCCCAUGGAGCAGUACAAAGAGUUUGCAGAGUUCAUUACCAUUAAUUACACCAUGCUUUGCUCUGUGCUGGAACCGGUUAUAAGCGUCCGCAACAAGGAAGAAAUGGCGUGUGCGCUUGUACACAUUCUACAGAGCACCGGAAGAGCCAAGGACUUCCUAACUGAUUUGGUUAUGUCAGAAGUGGACCGCUGCGGUGACCAUGAUGUCCUUAUCUUCAGAGAAAACACAUUGGCCACCAAGGCCAUUGAGGAGUAUCUGAAAUUGGUGGGACAAAAGUACCUUCAUGAUGCGCUGGGGGAGUUUAUCAAAGCAUUGUAUGAGUCGGAUGAAAACUGUGAGGUGGAUCCCAGUAAAUGUUCCUCCAGUGAACUAGCUGAGCACCAGAGCAAUCUGAAGAUGUGCUGUGAACUGGCCUUCUGUAAGAUCAUCAACUCUUAUUGUGUGUUUCCCAGGGAGCUGAAAGAGGUGUUUGCAUCCUGGAAGCAGCAAUGUAUUAACCGGGGGAAGCAUGAUAUCAGCGAACGGCUGAUCAGCGCCUCUCUUUUCCUUCGCUUUCUGUGUCCAUCCAUAAUGUCUCCCAGCCUAUUUGGCCUGAUGCAGGAGUAUCCUGAUGACCGCACCUCUCGAACACUGACGCUCAUCGCCAAGGUCAUCCAAAAUCUUGCCAACUUUGCCAAGUUUGGUAACAAGGAAGAGUACAUGGCUUUCAUGAAUGACUUUCUGGAGCACGAGUGGGGAGGGAUGAAGCGCUUCCUUCAGGAGAUCUCCAACCCAGACACCAUCUCAAACACACCAGGUUUUGAAGGUUAUAUAGACCUUGGUCGGGAGCUGUCUGUGCUGCACAGCCUGCUGUGGGAAGUCGUGUCACAGCUGGAUAAGGGUGAAAAUUCCUUCCUACAGGCGACCGUGGAAAAACUGGGGCCACUGCCACGCAUCCUAGCAGACAUCACCAAGUCACUGACGAAUCCUACUCCAAUCCAGCAACAACUCAGAAGAUUUAGUGAGCACAGCUCUUCCCCCAAUGUAAGUGGCAGCCUUUCAUCUGGACUUCAGAAGAUAUUCGAGGAUCCUGCUGAUGGUGAUCUGUUGAAGUUAAAGUCCCCAACUAUUGAGAACACGGACAGCUACUUUAGGGGAAAAACACUGCUCCUUGUCCAGCAAGCGUCUACCCAAAGCAUGUCCUACUCAGACAAAGAUGAGAGAGAAAAUGUUUUGCCCAAUGGACGCAGUGUUUCCUUGAUGGACCUUCAAGACCCCGCCGUAAAUCACGGUGAGCGAUCCUGUAUGGUUCAGGAACCACCACUUCGUUUUACUGGCAGCCAGUUGUCUAUUGCACACGUCGCCACCAUUAAACAAUUACGGGAAAACCAGAGCACCCCACAAAGUGCUCCCCAAGUCAGGAGGCCACUGCAUCCAGCAUUGAGUCAACAAAGCAGCUUGCAGCCUCUUUCUUUUCAAAAUCCUGUAUAUCAUCUCAACAACCCACCACCUUCUUUGCCCAAGGCUUCUGUGGACUCCAGCCUAGAAAAUCUCAGCACUGCCAGCUCUCGUAGCCAGAGCAACAGUGAAGAGUUUAUUCUCAGCGGGCCGAGCAAUAGCAGCAUGGAGGACUUCACUAAAAGGAGCACUCAAAGUGAAGACUUCGCCAGGAGGCACACCAUGCCUGACAGGCCCAUCCCUAUCGCAUUACCACGGCAAAACAGCACUGGGCAGGCGCAGAUCCGCAAAACCGACCAGGCUGCCCUUGGAGCUCGGGCAAAAGCUCCACAAUCCUUACCGCAUAGUGCCUCCAUGCGCAGCACGGGAAGCAUGUCUGGGAUCUCUGCUACGCUGCUGGCGGAACCUGUGCAGAACGGUAGUAGAUCCAGGCAGCAAUCCACAUCUUCUCGGGAGAGCCCCGUACCGAAGCUAAGAGCGGUACACCGUCAGCAAACACAGCAGGUACAGUCACCUGUGGACUCCACAACGAUGUCCCCAGUCGAAAGGACAGCAGCCUGGGUGCUGAAUAAUGGUCAGUAUGAGGAUGAAGAGGAAGAAAGCGUAGACCAGAACAAGGAUGAAUCUAAACCUGCUGAGAAGUAUGAACAAGAGAUUGCCAAGCUGAAGGAGCGAUUGAAAGUUUCAAGCCGGCGCCUGGAGGAGUAUGAGAGACGCCUCUUGGUGCAGGAACAGCAGAUGCAGAAGCUGUUAUCUGAAUACAAAUCCAGGCUGGAGGACAGCGAGGAGAGAUUGCGCCGGCAGCAGGAAGAGAAGGACAGCCAAAUGAAAAGCGUGAUCAGCAGGCUAAUAGCUGUGGAGGAGGAACUGAAGAAGGACCAUGCUGAGAUGCAGGCUGUCAUUGAUGCAAAGCAGAAAAUCAUCGAUGCUCAGGAGAAGAGGAUCAUAUCACUGGAUGCAGCCAACACGCGGCUGAUGAGCGCGCUGACGCAGGUCAAAGAGCGCUAUAGCUCACAAGUGCGCAACGGACUCUCUCCCACCAAUCCCACCAAACUGUCCAUCACGGAGAACGGAGAGUUCAAGAACAGCAGUUGUUAGUCUUCGGCCAGGACUCUCUCUGACCCAAUGCUGCUAAACCAAAUGACGAAGAACCCCGGAUCUACGAUCUAACUGAAAGUGUGACGGUAAAGCCUAGAAACGCCUUUUUGCGAUAUGGAUGGAGACCGACCAUACCGUGCUGUAUAUAGAGUGAAUGCAUUUGUGCCCUGUACAGAAAUGUAAUCUUGUAACAUACCAAAUGGAAGUUAAUAAUAUGUAGAAGAUAUCUUUUAUAAAUAUAUGUAAAGAAAACAAAAA